AUGGCGGCCUUCUUGAUUGCUUUGGCGGCGGCGGCGGCGGCGGCUCGUCAGCCCGGGCGCGGGAGGAGGGAGCCCGAGGAUGCGUUUGACAUGCCAGACGAUCAGUUUCGGCGGCACUUUCGCUUGAAGAAAGAAACUGUGCGGUGGCUGUGCGACGAAGUGGCAGAGGAACUCGGAGGCGUGGGAAACACGGCGCUGUCGGUGGAGCGACAGGUGUUCUGCGCGUUGCGAUUCUUCGCAGCGGGCAGCUUUCAAGCCUCGGUAGGGAGCGAGGAGACGAUCGGCGUGACCCAGCCUGCGGUCAGCAAGUGUGUGCGACGCGUGGCGGAGGCAAUCGUCCACGCCGGGGCCCGCAACAAGUGGGUCCAUUUCCCGAGGACAUCGGAGGAGAAGGCGGCCGGGAAGGAAGGGUUCCUUCGACGCGGCUCCAUUCCCGGCGUCAUCGGAUGCGUGGACGGCAGCCUUAUAGCCAUCAUCGAGCAGAAGGCGGCAUUCAUGUGCCGCAGAGGCUACUACGCCCUCAACACAAUGUUCGCAUGCGGAUCCUCGCCGUCGACGCUCUGCGACCGGGGUCAGACCACGACGCCCACGUCUGGAGAACUACGUGUUUGCGUCGUCGGUUCCUGGAGGGACAUAUUGCCAAGGCCGGCGAACACUUCCUCGGUGACAGCGGCUACCCCGUGGAACCAUGGCUCCUUACCGCAGUCACAGGCAACCCUCCCAUACACACUGCAGAAGCGGUACCAUGGCCUCCACUACGAGCCAGACCGCGCUGCCAACAUCGUUGCAGCAUGUGCAGUGUCGCACAACUUGUGUAUUGACGAAGGUGACGUGUUGUUAGAUGAUGUUAGUGAUGACAGCAGCAACAGCAGCAGUGACAAUGAAAGUGGCAACCCCUCCCCACAGAGAGUUCCCCGAGUGAGGGCAGCACGCAUGAUGUACCUGAGAGGCUGUGCUGCCCGGGAUAAUGUUAUUAGCUCAUUUGGCACGACACGGCAGCAGCACCAGCACUACCUGAAGAGGGUGCGAAGGCGGCUGCGUCGACAGCAGCACCGACGGCAGCAAUAA